AUGCGGUUGAUUUAUUGUUUGAUAUUGGCUCUCGUCGUAUCAGCGACAUUGGCCAUUGAUCUUCUUCAAAUUCCGGCUUGCCUUGCAGGAAGCUUAAUGUCAUGUGCUGGCCUUGGAGCUGGAUUAAUUAUGCCAGUGAUUAAUAUACAUUCGUGGAAUGACGGAGCUGUUCAGUCGAUGUUCGGUACCACUUGUCGCAGUGGUUUGAAAGGUCGAUUUUCUGGUUUUGAGUGGAAGUGGGAUGCACGAUUUUCAUGUGAUAACUAUCCGUUUGUUGGACAUUCUACACGACAAGGCAAAUCCAGUGCUAUCGAAGCUGCAUUUGUGGAUUGGAUGAAUCAAGCAACCAAUGCUGGCCUCUUUAGUGCAGCAGCUGAAAUUGGAAAAAAAUAA